CUUUGCCUCCCCUUCUCACUUCGCUUAUUCUUCUCUCGUGUUGUAUGUGUAAGUGUGUACUAUGUUUGUGCAUGUUUUGCUUCAUUUAAUACCGACAGGACUCCAACCUAAUGGGGUGUUCAUUCAUUCAUCUACUUAGAAACCGAUGCUGCCACACUCAUUCUUCUUCUUCUUCAGCUUUUACCACUCUCUAUGAGAACUCUUCUUUCUUGAUGCUAUGUUGAUGACUGGAUAAAAUCUGAGACAGAAGGGUAGUUUCUAGAAACUUGACAGAGCUAAUUAAGAGAAUCUUGGUAUUUAUAGCUGUUUUUCAAUCUUUGCUUACAGGAAGUAGAUUACUUUAUUAACUGGGUAAUAAGUCGUUGUUUGGAGGCUAUAGAUGGCGAUGCAAACCGUUUAUCUGAAAGAACAUGAAGGACUUGUCCACAGUUCUGUUGGGCAGUUGUCAUCUGUAACUUCAGCUCCCUGGUGGAGUGCCUUAGGAUCUCAACCAGUUUACGGGGAGUAUUGUGGUCAAAUGAAGUCCUUUUCAUUGGAGAUUUCCAACUAUGUGGACCAAUUUGGUGCUGGUAAGCAAGCGGCACGAGGAGUUGAGCAAUUGUCGGAUAAAGGACAUACAACUCAGUUUACCAUCUUUCCAGGUAUCUCUUCUUCAGAUGAUUGUAAGAUGUCAGGUGAUGCACAAAAUCCUCAGGCAACAUUAUCACUGCAAUCAUCACUGGCUGAGCCCCACAAUCGUUUUGAGAUAGGGGUUAAUCAGCCUAUGAUCUGUGCAAAAUAUCCUUAUAUGGAUCAAUUUUAUGGACUCUUCUCAGCAUAUGGACCUCAAAUUUCGGGACGGAUAAUGCUUCCAAUUAACUUGACAUCCGAUGAAGGACCAACUUACGUAAAUGCUAAGCAGUACCAUGGAAUUAUCAGACGUAGGCAAUCACGUGCAAAAGCCGUACUUGAGAACAAAAUGAUAAAACGUCGCAAGCCUUAUAUGCAUGAAUCACGCCAUCUACAUGCGACGCGGCGACCAAGAGGAUGCGGUGGUCGCUUCUUGAACACAAAAAGCUCUACUGAUGGAAAUGGUAAAAAUGAAAGUGAAGUGAUUAAAACCAGCGGCCGACAAUUCCAGUCCAGUGCCUCUCAGAGUUCUGAAGUCCUGCAGUCUGAGGUUGGAAUGUUAAAUUCAUCAAAGCAGACAAAUCGAAGCAGUCCAAACAUCUCUGGUUCAGAGGUGACUAGCAUGUAUUCAAGGGAAGGUUUUGAUGGCUUUUCUGUCAAUCCUCUUGGAUCUUCCGUCCACUCUCUAGCAGACAUGAUAGGUAGUGAGCAUGGUAUCAUUAGGCCCACUAAAUGGGUUGCAGCAGUACCAGGUAACUGCUACAACCUUAAAAUUUGAUUUGUAAGGAGACUAGUGGGCUUGGUGCUGCGAUGUUGCACCACCACCCUAUCCUUGCAAGGGACCAGGUGAAGAAGUUCUUUUUCCGUUUCCUGUGUUCAUUGUGACGAAUUUUGUUUUGGAGGCGUGCCUCUACAUCUGGUUUUAGGCAAUCCAUUCUUGGCUACUGCUUAGGCAACUCAUCCUUGGCUCAUUAUAUUAAUAGUACUUUCCUUUUCUUUCUGCACAGGCUUGUCAUAACAUGGUUAUACAUGCUAAUGGCUUCAUAUCCUGAUGCAGUAGACUAUGAUGUGUCUGUUUGUGUUAAAAUAACAAGAAUUCUGGUUUCGUGUGUUUUUUAGUUAUGUCUAGAUGUGGUGUUUUGUUCUGGUUUUCUGACUUCGUGUUGAGCUAUGUAACAUAGAACUCUGGAUUGUGAUCUUAGAAAAAUAAAACAUUGAUCUGACUUACCCUCC